GUGAGAAUUACAGGACUUUGUUCUACACAAGAAGAAAUGCGCUACCAUUUGCUUUUCAUUUUCUUCAUUCCAAGCAUUGAGAGCAGGAGGUGGUCAGAAAGGCAGUUAUCUCUUCAAACUGGAAGAUCGAUCACCAUCCCGUGUCAUUAUGAUAUCAAAUAUAUACAGCAUAAGAAAUACUGGUGUUAUAAUGCUGGGGCAGCAUUUAAUUACUGCACGAUUCUGGCUUAUGAAAAUACUACGAAAGAUAGAGUAACAGUGACUGAUUACCCAGCUCAGAGUCUCUUUACUGUGACUAUGAGAGAUCUGCAGAGUGGAGACACUGGAAUGUACUGGUGUGUUGUGGAAAUCGGAGGAAUAACUGAGCCAGAUGAUCAUAAAGAUCUUUAUCUCACAGUGCAGUCAGAUCCUGAUCUAUCUGUGGUGGAGAGCAGUGUGAGUGGUCAGGAAGGGGGCAGUGUCAGUGUCCAGUGUCUCUACAGUGCUGGAUAUCAGAAUGAACAGAAGCAGUGGUGCAGAUCUAAAGACUGGAGGUGCUACACAGUGGGGAGGACUGACCCAUCCCAGAAUUCAGCAGUGCAGAUCAGUGAUGAUGGGAGAAGCUCCUUCAGUGUGGAGAUGAGUGGACUGCAGAAGAGUGAUGCUGGCUGGUACUGGUGUUAUAUUAGAGAUCUACAGAUUCCUGUUUAUCUCAGUGUCACUGAAAGACACUCAGAUCACAGCAUCAUGGCUGUGUGCCUCACUGUGCUUCUGCUGCUGAUGGUUUUGGCUGGUGUAGGACUCUGGAUUCGGAGAAAGAGACACACAGCAACAGAGGAAAAUCAGCUAGAAAUCAGAGAGGAAAACAUUGACCAGGCUGGACACACAGAUACCACAGAGGUAUCGUACAGUACAGUUAGUUUCAUAACAGACAAGAAGAAAAUAAAUCGGAGAAACACAGAAAGUCAGACCUGUUCUCCAACUGAAGAUCCAGUGACCUACUGCGCCUUAAGUACCAUGAAGCCAAGGACAGAACUAUGAUACACUUUUUCAUAAUUCAACACAAUGCAACACUAAAGGUUUUUAUAAGCUUCAUAUACUACUGGGAAUUUUAAAUGGAAGUUGUUAACCAUACACAGGGCAAAAUACUUUGAAAAAGAAGAGAGAAAACUGAGUACACUGUCCUAAAUGAUUUCAGUAACAUAUUCCAUCACAACACAUAAAAAAGUAACAUAUUCAGAGUACAUUUAGAAUACAUUUAGAAUACAUAUUGAUAAGGCACAGAGUCAUUUUUUUUUUUUAACUUUCUUUCUCGUUGUUACUGGUUGGCACUGUUCUUCCUGUAAUUCUUCUGUUAAUGUGUUUCAUGAAAAAUCAUUUAAUUAUCAUUUAAAUGAAGUUCUGAAAUUCUAAAUAUUUGUUUUCUCUGUCCCUAGCAGGGGUUUGAUCAUUCCUCAAAAGAGCUUAGUAAUGCUCAGAUAAAUAACCGGCUUGGGUAUACUUGAUUUAACAGUAUACUCAGUUUUUGGCAGAGCUCAGAAACACUGAGAUUAAUAACCGAUCAUCACAUUGAUUUGUCAGUCUACUCAGGCUUUAGCAGAGCUCAGUAACACUGAAAUUAAUAACUGAUCAUCACAUUGAUUUAUCAGUCUACUCAGGCUUUAGUAGGAAAUUCAGUGUUUGUAAAGAAGCCAUUUAGUUCCUCUUUAGAGUUUGUCUAAUGAGCAUGUUUUUAAAUUAGUUAAUAAACAGGCAUCGAUUGUGUUUCUUUUGAAGAUUUUUUUUUUU